AUGGAGACCAACGUGAACCUCGACCUCCCGCCAUCUCCCCAGGAGACCUUCAGGGCCGUGCAGCAGCUCUCCAGCGGGAAAGCACCCGGAUCGGACGCAAUCCCUGCUGAGGUCUACAAACACGGAGGUCCCCAAUUGAUGGAUCACCUGGCUGCGCUCUUCCAAAAGAUGUGGCGUCAAGAUGAAGUCCCGCAAGAUUUCAAAGACGCAGCCAUCGUGCAUCUCUAUAAGCUCAAAGGCAAUCGCCAAGUCUGCGACAAUCACCGUGGCAUCUCCCUGCCGAACAUCGCCGGGAACGUCUUUGCCCACAUCCUUCUCAACCGCCUCAAUAACCAUCUGGAACAGGGCCUUCUACCGGAAAACCAAUGCGGUUUCCGUCGUCAUCGUGGGACCACGGAUAUGAUCUUCGCCGCCCGUCAACUUCAGGAGAAGUGUCAGGAGUUGCGGACCCACCUGUACUCUACCUUCGUGGACGAAACGCGACGAACGCCCCGGGAACCGCAUCGCCUACAGGACGGACGGUCGUCUGCUGAAUCAACGGCGGAUGCACUUCCAAUCGCGCGUAUCCACAAGCACCGUUCACGAACUCCUCUUCGCCGACGACUGCGCCCUGAACAGCACCUCGGAAGAGGAGAUGCAACGGAGCAUGGACCUGUUCUCCGCCGCCUGCGAGAACUUCGGUCUGGUCAUUAACACGCAGAAGACGGUGGUGAUGCACCAACCGCCACCCCACUCAGUCACAGCCCCCAACGCGCCGCCGCAAAUCAGCGUGAACGGAACCGAAAUGCAAGUGGUGGAGAACUUCCCGUACCUGGGCAGUACUCUCUUCCGCAACACCAAGAUCGACGACGAAGUCGCCAACAGGAUCUCGAAAGCCAGUCAAGCCUUCGGCCGCCUCUAA